GUCGUCCCAAAAGAUCACGUGGUCAUUCCAGUACUGACAACAGAAAGAACACGUCGAGUUUUACGAUCUCUCACGAAAGCUCUGAAGUUUUUAUACGUAUACUUGCCGCAAAUUGGAAUACAUCAGUUCGCAAUCAUGGCGGAUCCGUUGAGUCUGCUGCGGCAGUACAACGUCAAUAAAAAAGAGAUAAUCGAACGCGAGAAUCAGAUUAUAUUCGGCGAGUUUUCCUGGCCGAAGAAUGUGAAAACCAAUUAUCUAACUUACGGAUCGGGAAAGGAAGGUACACCUAAGGAAUAUUACACACUCGAGUGCCUCCUCUUCUUGCUCAAACAUGUUCAGCUCACACAUCCGGUAUAUGUGCGACAAGCGGCGGCGGAGAACAUUCCCGUGGUACGCCGGCCUGACAGAAAAGACUUGCUGGCUUAUCUCAAUGGCGAAACUGCCACGUCAGCCGCCAUAGACAAGUCUGCACCAUUGGAAAUCCCAACGCAAGUAAAACGCGCGGCCGAGGAUGGCCUGGACAGCGGUUCGUCGAAAAAACCUCGCUUUGAAGAGACCCACGUGCAGAAGGUGAAAGAGCAACUGGCGGCACGUCUGGACGCACCUAAGGAAGCUUCUGUUACCGUCGACAACAUCAAGUCGCUCUCGGAAGCGAUGUCGGUGGAAAAAAUCGCCGCUAUCAAAGCAAAACGUCUGGCGAAAAAACGCACCACCAUCAAGGAGAACGACGAUAUCGGGAUGGGCUCUGAUCUGCGCGUGAUUCUCGACAUGGAUGUAGACGACACGAAGGACAUAGUGUCGCGUGAGCGUCAAUGGCGAACGCGCGCCACUAUCUUGCAAAGUAGCGGCAAAAUCUUCGCCAAGAACAUAUUCGCGAUCUUGCAGAGUAUCAAAGCGCGCGAAGAAGGUCGGCAGAAAGGUCCUGCCGCGCCUACUCCUAUGGUGACGCCACGAUCGACGCCCAUACGUCCAUUACCGCAACCGGCAGUUUAUAAUCGUUACGAUCAGGAACGUUUCAUCCGACAACGGGAGGAAACCGAAGGCUUCAAGAUUGAUACCAUGGGCACAUAUCACGGCAUGACGCUAAAAUCCGUGACCGAGGGAACAAAUCCAGCUGUGAGAAAACCACCCGUCAAUCCGUCCGCCGCGCCGACUUCCGGCCUGCUGCCGACUUCCGCCGCUAAGUUGACGCCUCAGCAAGCGGCACAAAACAAGCGACCCAGCCGGACGCCCAUCAUCAUUAUUCCCAGUGCCAACACAUCUCUCAUUACAAUGUACAAUGCAAAAGAUAUUCUACAAGAUUUGAAGUACAUCAGCAAUGAGGAGAAACGGGCGCAGGGCUGCAAGCGAGAGAACGAAGUGCUUCUUCAACGUCGGAAGGAAGGCGGCCUAACUGUACCUUAUCGGGUGGUCGAUAAUCCGCAGAAACUGACAAACGCCGAUUGGGAGAGAGUCGUCGCCGUGUUCGUCAUGGGACCAGCGUGGCAAUUCAAAGGCUGGCCAUUCGAUGGCAACCCGGUGGAGAUUUUUUCGAAAAUUUGUGCGUUUCACUUAAAGUACGACGAGAUGAGGUUGGAUGCAAACGUGGCACGUUGGGCGGUCACGGUGAUCGAGCUUAGCCGAACAAAGAGGCAUUUAGACAGAGCGGCGUUAAUGAUAUUCUGGGAACACUUGGAUAAGCAUAUGAUCAAGAACAAGCCGCAUCUUCGUUUCUAAAGUUCUCACACAAUACGAACUGACACGUAUGUGUUCCAAGUGUGUAACUAAUUUUCUAGAUAUUUUCAUAAAAAAAAAAAAUAAAAAAAAAAAAAAAA